AUGAAGACCCUGACAACCUUUUGCCUGGCCUGCUCUCCCGUUAUUGACACUGGCAAGCUAUUUGGACCCAGCUACUUGUUUGACCCUACUCUGACGGUUUGCUUGGUGCUGAUAUUUGGCUCAUUUUCUGACUAUGCUGCUACUCUGCUUAAGCAUAAACAAAUCAAGGAGCAAAAAAAACAAAUUAAGGAGCAGACACCUGUUGGGACCAUGCUUUCAGUUGAGAGGCAUAAUAAGCAAGUUUUAUACAGCAUAUCUAAAUCUCUGUGUGGAGCUAGAUCUGAAUAUCGGUACUUAACAUCAGAAGCAUAUAAAAUUAAGGAUUCAUUAAGCAGGUCUCUUACCUUAUGUGAUUUUCAUGGGAAUGCCAAGCUUGUGGCCUUGCGAUUACAGGGACAGAAUAUUGAGAAAGAAGAGACGAUAAAUAUGGCAUUUUACUCAACAACAGUUUUUAACACAGCUGCAAAACAACCAGUUGUAUUGGGGCUCUUGGGACGGAAUCUUUACCUAUCAUGUGUCUUCAAAGAAAAUGCUCCUCGGUUGUCUUUGGAGGUGGUCAGCAACAUCCGAAAAAUUAAAAAUGAAGACUUGAAGCGUUUCAUUUUUCUAAAAUCUAAAAACAGUACAAAUGUUUAUGCAAGGAUUAGCUUUGAGUCUGCCUCUUACCCCGACUGGUAUAUAAGCACCUCUAAAAAGGAUAAUGAGCCAGUUCAGAUAGUUCAUGAAAAAAAUUAAGAAAGCCUUAAUGAAUUUAAUAUCAUCAAGGAUAUGUGA